AUUUUGAAGAUGGAAAGGCAUUCGGUACAAGCUAACACUGGAGCAGGAAAUGAGGUGGACUCGCCCACUGUCAAUUCAAAGUACUGUGGCAUCAGAGGUUUUUGUCCUACAUCUUCACUUCAAGACAGUGGCUAUAGUGAGUUAUUAAAAUCAUGCAGAUUUGAUAAUGCAGAUAAAGAAUUUUUCGGGAAGAAAGAACAAGGCCCAGCAUUCAUCCAUGAACAACCUGGAACUUCCGGUCUGGCCUUAACAUACUCCUUAAAGUCUCCCACUCAAAAAAAGAAAUUUGUCUUCCCUUGGAAGGAAAAGGAGAAAACUCCAGAACUUUGCGAAACUCCUAAGGUCAGUGGAAAAAAAAUUUUACCGCGCAGAAGGUUGAAUCUAUCUUUUGCUCUUCUACAGGGGGACUCUGAAUCACAUAACAGUUCCCUGGAAAGCUGUGUAAGCCAAGUCCUCAACGUAGAAAAAAAUGUUCCAAGCAGUGCUUCAGGGUUUCCAAGGCAAGAUAAUUUUAGUCCUUUAGUUACCAGCACUUUAAAAACAGAGGAAGCUACUUCCAGCAGUCAAAAAUUGAGACUUAAUUUUUCACAACAGAAGACUUCCACAGUAGAUGAUUCCAAAGGUGACUGUUGCCUAUUUGAAGUUGAAUGUAUAUCUCCAAUUCAGGGUAAUAGUUUUAAAGACUCUAUCACACAUGAUUUUAGUGAUAGCAGUUUAAGUGUUAAUGAUGAGAAUACAUACUCUGAACUUCUGGGCUCCUCUGUUAGUGGAGCAACUUGUGGAACAGAUGAAGACAUAUUUGUGACUCCAGUAAGUAAUCUUGCCGCAGACAUUAAAUUCAACGCAAGUAAAGCACUUUCUCCUUCAAUUGUGAGAGGCAGUGCUUCAACACCUGAAGACAGUGGUUUUAAUUCACUUAGCUUAGAUAAAUCAGAAGAUUCCCUCUCUGACCAGGAGGGUUCUUUUCAAGAACUACUUCAGAAACAUAAAGGAACUGUCAAAGUGGGGGACACCAUAAGAAAGUCAAGGCAUCUUGGAAGGUUGAGAAGACUGUCCACCCUUCGGGAGCAAGGCUCACAAUCGGAGACAGAAGAAGAGAGGCAGAUCCCGCACUCUGACUCAGAAACCACAGCAGCAGCUUCUUCAGACCCCUCAGGGAGCCAGCUGAGGUGUGAUAAUGAGAGAGAGGACUCGAGUUUAAGCUUUAAGAACUUAUCAAAUACCCCAGCUCUGCAAUUAGUACAAGAGCUUUUCAUGAAUAGCAAAAGGAAAAGAUUCCAGCAAAAUGGUGCACACGACUUCCUAGAAGGAAGGGACAGGGGAAAAAUAGCUGUAUUGCAGUGUGUGCUUGCAGGACUGAUUGGCAAAAAAAUGGGCAUAGAAAAACUGGACAUCUUAACAGAGUUAAAAUACAGAAACUUAAAGCAUAUUCUUGCUGUGGUUUUAGAUUCUUUGACUGCAGAAAGCCUAUGCAGUGUUUGGAGAGUAAGCAGAAAUUGGCGUGAAAUUGUUACUCAAGACAAAAAAGCAAAUUGGAGGAGAAAAUUUUAUAUCUCACAACUGAAAACAGAUUCUGAGGGGACUAUAUUAAAUGUUGAGGAUGCUGCAACUCGGCUCCACCUUUUAAAUCGAUCAGCUCUAAGGUCUGUGCAAGCACAGGCCAGGACACCAGGUUCUCAGAAAGAACAAGUUCCAACAUUAUCUCCUUGGGGAGAAGUUUUGACACCUACAGCGAGCUCUUCUGUUACUCCCCUAAGUAGUAAGCAGGAAGAAUAUGUUAAGGUUGCCAAAACACUUUUUAUUGAUGAAGCAUUAAAACCUUGUCCAAGGUGUCAAUCCCCUGCUAAGUAUCAGCCAUAUAAGAAAAGGGGACUGUGUAGCCGCACAGCCUGUGGUUUUGACUUUUGUGUGGUAUGUUUGUGUGCUUAUCAUGGGUCUGAAGAAUGUUGUAGAGGAGUAACAAAGCCAAGGAAUAGAAAAGGUACUCUUCCAGGAAGUGCUCAGAGUAAGCGGAAUUUACAACGCCUCUGAAGAGACUUUCAAUAUAAAGAAGCACUCCCCCUAUGCAAUGUUUUAUUAAGUUAGAAUUAUGAGUAUUUUGAAACAUGCAAAUCUUCCCAUUAAUGACAGAUGAUGAUUUAUUUCCUAUUUUGUAUAUAUUAUAAUCUAUGUCAUUGUAUGUUUUCUUUAAAGUGAUGAGUUUUGGAAAAAUUUUAUUUAACUGUCAUUUUUACCCAUUUUAGUAACUUCAUGUUUUUAAAUAAAGAAUUUUCCGUGUUGUCAUAUACAUGUAUUUUACUGUUUUAUGUAACAUUUUAAAAUUGUACAUUUCAUCACUGUGUUGAAAUGCUUCUCAAUCAUUAAAAAAAUGGUUUUCCAAAUAAUAUUUAAAAAUUUGAACUUGAGACAGCUGAGUUUAUAUAGACUUGAAAAAUUACUUGACUCAAAUGAAAUCUAAAUAAAAUUUAGUUUUUAAAAGU